AUGCUACAUCAGCUGGUCCUCCUUACGGGCUUGGUCAACUAUUCCUAUGCCUUCUCGAUACCACCUCUACCUCGCAUGAGCACCUUUGUAGGCGCCAGCCAUGCCCAAGCACAGCAGCAACCGCUUCAAGACACGCUCGAAGCCUGGAUAGCAAAGGAAGAGCGUAUUGCGCUGGACAAGCUUCUGGCAAAUGUCGCGCCGGGUGGCAGUAAUGUCAAAGGAAAAGGCGUCGCGGAUGGCACAGUCAUUGCUAGUCCCAGCCAUACUGCGCCUGACUAUUGGUUUCAAUGGGUCCGAGAUGCAGCCAUCACGAUGGACACCGUCGUAGACGUCUACGCCGAAGAUCCAACUUCGUCUCGUGCAUCCUCACUCUCCACUAUCCUCGAUGCCUACGCUUCUCUGCAACGCGAUAUUCAGCAUACAUCAAACCCAUCGGGUAAAUUCCAUGACCUAUCUGGUCUCGGAGAGCCCAAGUUCCAAGUCGAUGGCAAGCCGUUCACAGGAUCAUGGGGUAGGCCUCAGCGUGACGGCCCGGCUCUACGCGCUCUGACGCUCAUGCACUACCUCCGUGAAUACAACUCCUCACACCCCUCGCUCUGGACCUCCACCAGUUCAGCAGACUUCUUCAGACCAUUCUAUGCUGUGGAGAUGCCGCCUCGCAGCGUCAUCAAAGCGGAUUUGGAGUAUGUGAGCCACUUCUGGAACCAGUCUUCGUUCGACCUCUGGGAGGAGGUAGAGGGGCUGCACUUCUUCAACUUGAUGGUCAGCGCGAAGAGUCUGAGAGAGGGCAGUAGCCUGGCGAGGUCCUUCGGAGAUGUUGGUGCCGCAGAGUGGUACGAGAAGCAAGCAGGAUAUAUUGAAAACCUCUUGGUCAAGUUUUGGAAUGCGCAGAAAGGUCACCUCGUUGAGACGCUAUGGAGCAAGCGAAGCGGCUUGGACUGCGGAUUGCUUCUUGGCUCCCUUCACGGUCAAGCGUCUGAAGGAUCAGCCCAUAAGGCUGUGUACCCUCCGUGGUCAGACGAGAUUCUCGUCUCGCUACUCGCCCUGACUCGCGACCAGCGAGACCGCUUUCCAAUCAACAGCAGGCCCUCUGAUGAGAACCAAGAUGAUGAUGUCAACGAGGAAUCCUUCCAAGGCACAGGUAUUGGACGUUAUCCCGAGGACGUGUAUGACGGCUAUGGCGAUUCUAACCGUGGUGGUAACCCAUGGUUCCUAUGCACAUCCAGCGCUGCCGAUAUCUUAUACCGCACCGCAUCCCACAUCUCAGUUGCUGGCAAUUUGACUAUCACGGAUGUCGGUCUACCCUUUUACGAAUCCCUGCUCGCAUCUUCUUCGCUCGAUGUCAAUGUCGGCACUUUUGGUCCCUCGGAUGCGCUCUUCUACUCUGUCGUUGAGCGCUUGCAGUUUACUGCCGACCAGUUCCUCGAAGUAGUCAAGUCGCAUGUGGAUGCUGAGGGCAGCAUGAGUGAGCAGUUUGACCGCGUCACAGGAUUCAUGCGAGGCGCUGUUGAUUUGACUUGGAGCUACGGGGCCUUCUUACACGCUGUCAGGGCUAGGAAAGUGCUUCAAGCUCUAUGAAAGAUGGGGCCCCGCCGCGGGAUAGCAAUUGAUAGGGAGGAGGAAGAGAAGGACGAGCUAUGAGCUAUGAUCAUCACACAAGGCUGGGUCUUUUUACGAAUUACGAACUAGCACGGAGUUUUUGGGAAGAACAGACGUUGCCGCUGGUUAGAUGGAUACACCUCGAUAUACCCUCGUUUUAUCUUACACUUGAAUAAACGCUUAUUUUUAUAAACA